CAGGUUGGGAGGAGGAGGAGGAGGGAGAGAAGGCUGGUACCCCCUCCCUCUCCUCCGAGCAUCCCCCUCCUCACCAGACAAACAGACACACUUUCGCAACCACUACACUUGCUUCCUUUAGAGAUGCGUAAUGUUGCUAUUACUCUUACUCCACCACCGAUUGAAUGGUGUCUAUUCCUGGGUUGGGGGCUCUGUCCUUUCUUGGCUUGGAGCUGGGGGGGGCAGCCAGAGAGAGGGGGAGAGAGACCCUUCUUUCAGGCUCCCUUUCCUCUCUUCAUUAUUUCGCCCCAUUAGAAAGAUGGGGGGAGCGAGGAAAGAGAAAGCACAACAGUUCACGUUAGAUCCUUCCCCCACCACAACCCUGGCCUCAAAGCUGAAAGAGACGUGUGUUGUGUGUAAGUUUGUUUGUUUGUUUUAAAAUCAUAAUAAUAUAUAUUUUUUAAAACAAAUUGGAGGGCCAAUGGUGUUUAAAUUGCUCUGUUUGUGUGGCUGCUUCCUUGCACCUUCGCUCUCUGCUAGGCGAUCCCACCUCGCCAAAUCCGGCCUUGUUUGGACUCCCUCGUGCUUUCAAAUGAAGUUUGUGAACGAUCACUGCUUUUACAGUUCUGUCAUUUCCCACUCCGUGUGCAUGCUGCUUCUUUUAUUUCUCCAUCAGACGCCAUCGUCGCUUUAUACUGCAUCCCAAUAAUACUGGUUCUUAUUAGUCUUAUUAUUUUUAAGCAUAGCUUGCCUUUGGAAUGUGGUGCUUAUUUGAAAAGAAAUACCUCCAGUGUUAUGAUGGUACUUUCUGUGUGUUUGUGUGUGUGUGUUAAUUCCGAGAGAGAGAGAUCUAUAUUUAUAUGAAUGAAAGGAAUAGUUAUUAUAUGUAUUUGUAUGUGUGGGGGGAGUGUACGUGUGUGCUUGUGUAUAUAUAGUAAGAGCGAUUUACUGCGGCGGUGUUUUUGGUCUCCACACACAUACUUGUAUAGAUAUAUACACACACACUAUUUAGCUGUUUGAUGCUGAAAAUUCAGCCUCGUGACCCUAUUUAAAGAGGUCCUUAGGAGUCAAAUGAGCCAAACACUUUCGGUAAUGGAAAUGGUUGAAAAUAAUAGAAAAAAUAAAAAAUAAAGCACAUCUCUCCCGUGUGCCUCAAGGAAAGAAUGGAAAUCCUUUUAAAAGGGCCACUGAUGACUUCAUUUAGGAGUUUCGGAGAGCUGUUGUCAGGAUAGGGGUCUCGGGGAAAAUUUAUAUAUCGAGAGCGAGGGGGAGCAUAGGGAUAUAUAUGUAUAGCAGCUAACAGCCCUCUCACAGCCUUUGAACUGUGUUUGCAUUUAAUUGAAACACAGAACUGCCAGGUUUGGAAGUAUAAUUUGCAGAGGGAGGAGGGAGGAAAGGGGGAUUCUGACAGCUCGAUGGGAAUAUUAGAUCCCCCCCCAUCAAAAGUAUGAUUAACAACAGGAAACCCUGAAGAAAAUAACUCUUCCUGUGAAACAGAAAAUAUUAAUUUUCUGCGCCUAAGAAAUAACUCUCAGUAGUCCUCUCUUUGCUCUAAGUUACCUUUGUUUACAUGCCAGGAGUGUGAAUUGCUGACCCAGAUUAAGCAGACCUGGACACACACACACACACACACACACACACACAAACUUUGCUCAGCUUCGGAAACUCCAAGCAUGCUCGGUUUGGGGUUAAUGAAUUCCGUGAGUUUGUGUGCCCGGCGCGUCUCUUUUUGCACAGUUGCAAACGUGUGUUUUCACUGGCCAGAUCGUGGGCAUAUAUUUCCCACCCUCCUUUAAUUUUCAUUUUCAUGCAUCUGCAACCACGCAGAGAAUAAUUCGCCCUUCUCCCCACACUCAUGUUUGGCUUCCGUAAUCGAAAUCUUCAUUUUGACCUCCUUUUUAAUAACAAUAACAGCAGUCAAACCUUUCCUUUCCCUCCCCCCGGUCCUCCUCCAGCCAGGGAGAAAGAACUCUGCUGCAAACAGGAGAGAAGCUUCCUCAGCUGAACCUGGGAACUAUUUAGGGAGAGGGCGCGGGGGUAGCUCUCCCACCCCUCACCUCACCUCACCCCACCCCACCCCCCACUCCAAGCACUUUUGCAAGCCUAUUUGCUGAGUGGGACUCCGGACUGGCAAAUAAAGCGGGGAGCCUGCGCGGGAUGGCCUUUCCGGAUUCCCAAUCCUCGGAGCGCUAAAUCGGCCGAGAGGUGACCAAGGAUGGCUACCUGGCUAUCAGGCAAGGCUAGGAGGGAGCAACUUGGAGCGGUUCAGCGAGGAAGGAUGCCUCCGAGCCAGCCGAACCCGGGCCAGUACGCGCUGACCAACGGCGACCCGCUGAACGGCCACUGCUACCUGUCGGGCUACAUCUCGCUGCUGCUGCGCGCCGAGCCUUACCCGACGUCCCGCUACGGCAGCCAGUGCAUGCAGCCCAACAACAUCAUGGGCAUCGAGAACAUCUGCGAGCUGGCGGCGCGGCUGCUCUUCAGCGCCGUCGAGUGGGCCCGCAACAUCCCCUUCUUCCCGGACCUGCAGAUCACCGACCAGGUGGCCCUGCUGCGCCUCACCUGGAGCGAGCUCUUCGUCCUCAACGCGGCCCAGUGCUCCAUGCCCCUGCACGUGGCGCCCCUCUUGGCCGCCGCAGGCCUCCACGCCUCGCCCAUGUCCGCAGACCGCGUGGUGGCCUUCAUGGACCACAUCCGCAUCUUCCAGGAGCAAGUGGAGAAGCUCAAGGCCCUGCACGUCGACUCGGCCGAGUACAGCUGCCUCAAAGCCAUCGUCCUCUUCACGUCAGAUGCCUGUGGCCUCUCGGACGCGGCGCACAUCGAGAGCCUGCAAGAGAAGUCUCAGUGCGCCCUGGAGGAAUACGUGCGGAGCCAGUACCCCAACCAGCCCAGCCGCUUCGGCAAACUGCUCCUCCGGCUGCCUUCGCUGCGCACCGUCUCGUCGUCGGUCAUCGAGCAGCUCUUCUUCGUCCGCUUGGUAGGUAAAACCCCCAUCGAGACGCUCAUUCGAGACAUGCUGCUCUCCGGCAGCAGCUUCAACUGGCCUUACAUGUCCAUCCAGUGUUCAUAGAGCACCUCCUGGGCUCCCCCGCUUAGAGACCCUGAGAGGAGGAGGAGGAGGAGGAAGGCCUCCAGCCCAGCCAGAGACCGGCCCAGACAACCACCACCUUGGGGGCGCACGCAGCCGGGUGGGGGGAUCCGAGGAGAGAGAGGGGGGAGGAGGACCGAGAGAGAGAGAUAGGAGCAGACCCCUCAGACACUGCACGAAAGACUCGCUUAGAAUCAGACACCGGCUGAGAGAGGCGGUGAUGAUGAUGAUGAUGAUGAAGGCGAAAUGGACACCUCGUAUUUUGUGGAACAAACCAUUGACACUGAGAUGGGAAACUUUAAACAAAAACCAUUUUAAAAAAAGGACCGAAGAGAUUAAAACAAAAACUCCCCCCUAAAAAAAGAAGACUAGAACGGAUUUCCCUGGAUUUAUGAUGGAUGGACUGAGGUGGAUCUAUCGUCUGUACAGCAAAACAAAACACACAGUUUAAGAGACAGAACAAACAAACAAACAAACAAACAAACAAAACCUGGAGCCGAAUUGAACUGGUGGACGGGGUGAGGGAAAGAGGGAGGGGGACCCAAAGGCGAAACACUUUCCACGAACAUUGUUCUUCAUUUUGUAAGAUAUUAGUCUUUAUUUUCACUUUUUUUGUAAAAUUUAAAACAUCGUAUGCGCAUAAAGGAGGCGAGAGGGGAGGGGGAAAAACACCACAAGAAACAAACAAGAAUUAGGGGAGGGGAAAAAAUAACAUUUUCCAAAUAAUUAUUAAAAAAACAACAAGGAAUUGUUCUGUGUGUAUGUAUCUAUAUCUGUUUUGUAUUUCUUUCUGGUUCCAAACCAGGCUUCCUGUGAUUCUAUACUAAUAAUUUUUUAUAUAACCCUUUGCUUCUUAUAUUGAGUGCGAUAUAUGUUGUCGAAGCUGUUCUUCAAGAAUUAAAAUUGAAGUGAGAAUUUAAACAAAAAUAAAAGAAUUUAGAAAAAAAAUAAUUACAAAGGCAACCCAAGCGCAACAUCCAACACAGAUUCCCACGCCAAUCCAUGAGUUCUUGUUCCUUCAAGCAGACCUAAAGUUUGGGUUUGCGGGUGGUGGGUUUCUUUCCCGCCAGCCCCCCAAGGCUUUGUGCCUUAUGUAAGAGGUCCAAGGUGUGGGGUCCUUGUUCCAAAACAAAUAAAUACAGUGGUCAUGCUGCUGGUAAGGUGCACACACCUCUCAGUAUUCCCAAGCUGCCUGGUUUUAAUGCGAUUCUGGUGACUGAUGCUGACGAAAUGGAGGUGGGGGGACAGUUAAGAGGAAUUCCCUUAGGUUGCAACCCGACGUUCAUUUAACUGGGGAGUCCCAUUAAACUUCUGCGUGAGCCUACUGGCGUUCUAUGAGAAUAAUCCGGAAUAGAAAACAGGGCCAGCCCUACCACUAGAUAGAGUAAGUAGGGUGACUCAGGCAGCUGGUUCUGAGGUGCCUUGAAAGGACAGUGAAUAGUUGUUGUUGUUUUUAAUUUAUUAGUAUAAUAUUUUUGCUCCCAGCGAGAGGCGUUUGUGCUAGUUGGCUUUUUGUUUUUCUCGUUGGGUUUGCACCUUGGAUUACAGUAAUUGAGAGGAGAUUCAUUUGCUGUUCUGCCUGUAAUGCCUAAUAAAGGUAAGGCGAAGUGAA